CGCACUGGCGAGCACGUCGCCAUUUUCAAAACCGGGAAUCUUUAUUGGCAGGAGAGAGGGGAAAAGUUGUCAUUUCGUGGAGUUUAAAUAAAGAGCCGGAUGAUUUGAAUAACCCUGAAGGUGUAUCAUGGAGCUCCCGAACUACAGCCGCCAGCUGAUGCAGCAAAUGCAGACUUUGCGCAAAGAGUCCCUGUUCUGCGACUGCACCAUUUUGGUGGGGGACGUGACCCAUCCGGCACACAAAGUGGUCCUGGCUGCCUCCAGUCUCCUGUUCAAGUCCCUCCUCGAGACUUCGGACAGCAUCUCCAUCGACACGGCAGUAGUCACGGAGCAGGAGUUCUCCUCUCUGCUUGACAUGGCCUACUUGGGCAGACUGGUGCCGGGAAAACACGACUUCGCGCGUGUCGUCGCCGCCGCUGACAGCCUGCAGAUGUUCGACGUGGCUGUUGGCUGCAAGAACCUCCUGGACGAGCUCGUAAAACGGCCCGGAGGUGCUGAGGGUGUGAAAGAUCACUCAGACGAGCCGAGACGACUGGACGCUUCUGGACGAGAGUUCUCCUCACAGGGAUGUUGUGACACUUCGAAGAGUCCGAGAAACAGACAGGAGUCACAGAACGAUGGUGCUGUGGAGCUGCUUUCUCGCAAACGUGACGACCUCAUCAAGAUCCUGCAGGACGUCCAGCCUUGGAUUAACAUCUUUCGCACCUGGGACAUGCUGUCAAACCAGCAGCGACACAUGUUUCUGGAGUGUUCUGAGGGAGAACCGUGUGUGGCUUUUCAGCGCCUCUUGGACCAGGUGAAGGAAGCACGUGACGUCUCGGUCCAGCCUGUUAUUAUGCUGCUGGAGCAGAUUAAGAACCUGAAGCCUGAUCUGAAGUCAGCGGAGGUGGAGGAGGAGGAGAAGCUGAAAAUGCUGGAUAUUAAAGGAGGAGCUGAGGAAAAGGUUGCCAGGUCUUCCGGAUAUCAGCAUGGCCUCGCUACCGACCUGACUGACUACCUCAAAGGUGUCGAGAACAUCCCUGAACUUUUCACUCAGACAGCGGACAGAUGCGAGAGGGAGGAUGUGAAGCAGGUUCUCCUGGAGUGCAGCGGAGAGGAGAGUCAUGGGCAGGUGCUGAAGAAGCUGAUGAGCGUGCUCGCCGAGAGAGGGAUAGAGCAAACAUCUGUACUGCGGCUGCUGAAGGAGGUGGUGGAGGGAAACACGAAAUCUGCAGAUCAGAGGACGGACGAGCGCGUUGGCAUGUCGCUGUUGAGAACUUUCCAGAACACACUGCGUAAGCUGAACCUGGAUUCUCAGAUCAUCAGACAGGGUUUGGAGGAAGGGCCUCACAUCUCGCCUGAGCAGAGAGAGGUCCUGCAAAAAGAGUCUGACGGUAAAGUGGAGGAGCUGCUCAACGCUGCUCUGGAUGGAGGUCCAGUUCAGCCUCUGACGGUGUGGAGGCUUCUGUUCUGGGCCGCGACUCACAUCCCAGACCUUCAGUUAAUGAUGCAGGACAUCAGAGCAAAACCAGAAGCUCAGGAACUCAUACACACCGUUGGACGAGUAGAUGCCUUGUUCAAGCACAAAAAGCUCAUUCUGGAAACAAUCAAUGAAAUCCCUGACCUGGAAAAAGCUGUGGGUGAUUUGGACCGCGAUAAAGACGUCGCUGAGUUCCUGCAGAGCUGCCGAGGUGCUGGGAGGAACGGAGUCCAUGCAGCAGGUUCUGGACCGAGUACUGAGCGAGGAAACGCAGCACAUCGGUCCGCUUUGCCGCCUCUGUCUGUGAGCCGGACGAGCUUCCCACAGCUUUCUGUUCUCAUCGAGGAACUCGGACAUGUUGGACUAAAUGAUCAUGAGGAUACUGCAGAUUCUGAGAAAGAAGAGGAGGAAAAGGGUGAAUCUCGCCCGCACAGGAGGAGGAAGGACGUUGUCGUGUCCUACAGCUGCCAGUGGUGCAACAAGAGCUUCGAUUUCAAGUGUCGUCUGCUGAAGCACAAGAAGCAGUGUGCGCUGUGUCCAGAACGAGCGCAACGCUGCACCGAGUGCUCCACAGCCUUCGCCUCGGUCACGGCCCUGCAGCAGCAUCGAGUCGAGGCUCACAACGGCCCUCCGGUUAAAAGGAAGAAAGUGGAGCCGGUGACGUGUGAGCUCUGUGGGAAGACCUUUAAACACCCUUCUGGUCUGUUGUACCACAGGCGCACAGAGCAUUUGGAGGAACGGCCGUACGCGUGCGAGGAAUGCGGCGCCAAGUUCGCCGCCAACUCGUCCCUGAAAAACCACAUGCGGCUGCACACGGGGGAGAAGCCGUACCGCUGCAAACACUGUGACAUGAGCUUUGCCGUGGCUGCCGCGCUGUCCUACCACACCAAGAAGAAGCACUCGGAGGGUAAAAUGUACUCGUGUCAGUACUGCUCGGCAACGUUCGCACAGUCCAUCGAGCUGACGCGUCACGUGCGCACACACACAGGAGACAAACCGUACGUGUGUCGAGAGUGUGGGAAAGGCUUCAAACAGGCCAACGGGCUCUCGGUGCACCUGCAGACCUUCCACAAUAUCUCCGACCCGCACGACUGUCAGAAGUGUCGCGUGAGCUUCGGUUGCCUCGAGAAGCUUCGAGAGCACAUUCAGGAGGUCCACCCUAAAGAUCUGCACCAGUGUCCCGAGUGCAGCAAGAUCCUGAGCACCGAGGCCCAGCUCGAGAAACACAUGAGCGUCCACGACGGAAGCAAACCAUACAGCUGCCAGAGAUGCAAUAAAUCCUACCAGACUCUCUCGGGUUUGUGGUACCACAAUCGCACCACACACCCGGACGAGGCGACGGCAGAGGGCGGCCGCUCGAUUUCACACCUUCUGCAUUGUAAGAUCUGCGAAAAGACCUUCUGCAACAGGAGCAGCUUGUUUAAACACAACAUAACCAAACACCCAGAAACCCGUGCUGUGGCUGAUGAAGGUGUAAAGGAAGGACAAGCAGGCGUCCUCUCAGAUGCCGUUACGUGGAGGUGUGGGUACUGUCCUCGUGCACUGAGCAGCGAGCAGGAGUUGCAGCAGCACAUGUCGAGCGAACACGUGAGCCAGCAGAGAUCCGUGUUCGCCUGCACCAUCUGCUCGCUCUCCUUUCACUCUGAAGCGGAGUUUCAACAGCAUCUCCUCACCAACCACGUGCAGCUCGUCCAAGAGGAGGAGCUACAGAAUCAUGGCUCCACCACCCAAAUGGUGAUCCAGACAGAACAUACCUCAGCCGAAGGGGCGGCACAGAUCGUCGGGCUUGACCAAUCACAGUUGUCCAGCUCCCAGCAGGUGUUUGUUGCCCUGGGCGACGGCGGGGAGGCAGAGGCAGACUCAGGGAUCAUUGCUGUUAACAUGGAGGACUUGCUGACGGGCCGCGUCACGCUGAUCUGCGAGGAAAACCAGUAGAGUUAGGUUUAACACGAUACUAUAAAAUACAUAAAAAUACAACAAAACAAAACACACAGAUAUUUUCCUCAGCUUUAAACAAAAAAAAAAGAUAUAGAUAAAUACAGUAUUAUAAUCUUAUCUGAAAACAUGGCAUUUAGGAGCUCUGAACUUGGAUAUCUGAUGUGUUGAUUGCAUCAUUGUGUGUGUGUGUGUGUGUGUGUGUGUGUGUGUGUGUGUGUGUGCAUGUCUGGACAUCUGCAGGGACACCAAGUGUCCUUUCUUAAUUAAAAAUCUAAAUAUUGCUAUUUUACUGUCUGUUUUUUUUAUUUUCUCUUUCAAACUAACAUUAAAUCGGAAAAGCUGUGUACAUAUUUUAGAAAACAGGUCGAUAAAAUCCAAAGCGAAGCUACUUAAAGCCUGAACCUCAUUAAAGACGAUAUUAAUGACCGA